AUGUCUCCAGGCCAACAAAACCGGGGCAGCCGCAACAGCGGGAAUCGACCAUCCUCAUCCGUAGGGUGGAACCAAGGAGUCAAGCAGGAAACUGACACCAUCCGACCUGGAGGAUAUGGCAACGACGCAUAUAGUGGCUUUGACAAGACUGGAGAGCGACCAAACCGACAAGGAGACAACUCUCGCAAGAAAUCGUUUCGAGAGCGUAUCAAGGACAAAUGGAACAAACUUAAAGGUUCGAUCGGCAGCAAUAGGACAAACAAGAUGGGGAAGGAGAGUCGGCAACAACGUGCUUGA